AUGUUUGGGGUUUUUAUUUUACUGGACAACCUACCGCGACCAGGCCUUAUGGGAGCACUACGUCACAUAUUUACGCGAAUGCAUGCUGGGAGACAUAUCAUACAAUGCAAACGCUACCUAUAUUCGGCCCUACCAUCGCCUGUCAAUAAUCGAAGACCCAGAACUCGACGGCAUGUCGACCUGGAAUGUCAUGCUGCGGUUCCAAUUUUGGGCUGGAGGUCUAUUUCAAAGUGCCGACCCUGA